AUAGAAUAAAAAUUCAUACGUGGAUUAGUAAUAAACCCAAUUAUUUACUGAGGGAAAAACAAAAAGCCAUAUUAAAAUGAAUAUUAUAUUCUAAUGUAUUAAACUAUUAAUAAAAAAAAUUCUUUUGAAUGGGAUUGGUUUUCGAUUGGUCCGAAACCCCAGAAGCAACAGUCAUUACUCUGUUUUCAUAUGAACACUCUUCAUCCUCACAAGCAGCAACAAGAACAAGCACAACAACAAGAAGAAGCUAGAUACGAAUGGGAUCUUUCUCUCUCCACCGUCGUAUCUUCCUCCUCCUCCUCCGCCUCCGACGUUAUCGGAGCUAUUGAAUUCGAUCCCACUGAUAACAUCGUCGCUACCGCCGGGAUUUCAAGAAAGAUUCGUUUUUACGGCCUCCCUUCUCUUUUACGUAACAACGCUGUCUCCGGUACCGGAGUUUCCUUCGUCGAUCAAGCCACCGCCUGCGAAUAUUACAUCUGUACUCCGGCGAAACUUAGUAGUCUCCGGUGGAGACCCGGGUCGGGCGGUCGGGUUAUUGGGUCGGGAGAUUACGACGGCGUAGUGAUGGAGUACGAUCUUGAGAAGAGGACGCCGGUAUUCGAAAGGGACGAGCACGGUGGUCGUCGUGUAUGGAGCGUAGAUUACACUCGUCACGGCGGCGCUUCGACGGUGGGCGCGUCGGGAUCGGAUGACGGGACUAUGCAAGUAUGGGAUCCGAGGUGUCCGCCGGAAGAAUCUGUCGGUGUUGUACGACCGGCGGGGAUUUGCCGGAGUGCUGUUUGUUGCGUCGAGUUCGAUCCUUCCGGUGGACCAGCCGUGGCCGUCGGAUGCGCUGAUCGGAAAGGGUACGUUUACGAUAUAAGGAAACUCGUUGACCCGGCGUUGACUUUACAAGGUCAUACGAAAACGGUGUCGUAUGUGAGGUUCCUCGACGGUGGGACGGUGGUGACGGCAGGUACGGACGGUUGUUUGAAGCUGUGGAGCGUGGAGGAUGGGCGCGUGAUUCGCACGUACGAAGGGCAUGUGAAUAAUCGGAACUUCGUGGGGUUAUCUGUGUGGAGAAACGGCGCGUUGUUUGGUUGUGGAUCGGAAAACAACAGGGUGUUUGUGUACGAUAGGAGAUGGGGGAAGCCGGUUUGGGUAGAUGGGUUUGAACCAGUUGGUAUGAAUUCUGGUUCGGAUAAGCGGUUCGUGAGUAGCGUCUGUUGGAGGCAAUCAGGUGUGGACCAGUGUACCCUAGUGGCUGGAGGAUCUGAUGGAGUAUUACAGGUUUACGUGGGCAAAAGAAAACCAUAGUGUUCUUCUUAAUUUAUCAUUACUAUAUUUUAUGAAUUAUGAUGAUGAUGAUGAUGAUGAUGAUGCUUCUUAAUUUCUUUUCUUUUUUUCAAAUUUAAUUUCCUAUUUGAGAUGAUUUUUGAUUGAGUUGUGAGAGCAUACGAUCUGUUUGUUUUUUUUUUUAAUUUAUAAAGGAUUUUUUACUUGUUCAAUAUCUUUGUUGUUACUCAGAAAUUUGAGUUUUUAAUCCAUAAAUUUU